AUGCAGUGCCUAGCGGCUGCUCUUAAGGACGAGACCAACAUGAGUGGGGGAGGGGAGCAGGCCGACAUCCUGCCGGCCAACUACGUGGUCAAGGACCGCUGGAAGGUGCUGAAAAAAAUCGGGGGCGGAGGCUUUGGAGAGAUCUACGAGGCCAUGGAUCUCCUGACCAGGGAGAACGUGGCCCUGAAAGUGGAGUCAGCCCAGCAGCCCAAGCAGGUCCUCAAGAUGGAGGUGGCCGUGCUCAAAAAGCUCCAAGGGAAGGACCACGUGUGCAGGUUCAUCGGCUGUGGCAGGAAUGAGAAGUUCAACUAUGUGGUGAUGCAGCUGCAGGGACGGAACCUGGCCGACCUGCGCCGCAGCCAGCCGCGGGGCACCUUCACACUGAGCACGACCUUGCGUCUGGGCAAGCAGAUCCUGGAGUCCAUUGAGGCCAUCCACUCAGUGGGCUUCCUGCACCGAGACAUCAAGCCGUCGAACUUCGCCAUGGGCAGGCUGCCCUCCACCUACAGGAAGUGCUACAUGCUGGACUUCGGGCUGGCCCGGCAGUACACCAACACCACGGGGGAUGUCCGGCCCCCUCGGAACGUGGCCGGGUUUCGGGGAACUGUACGCUAUGCCUCGGUCAAUGCCCACAAGAACCGGGAGAUGGGCCGCCACGAUGACCUGUGGUCCCUCUUCUACAUGCUGGUGGAGUUUGCAGUGGGCCAGCUGCCCUGGAGGAAGAUCAAGGAUAAGGAGCAGGUGGGGAUGAUCAAGGAGAAAUAUGAGCACCGGAUGCUGCUGAAGCACAUGCCUUCAGAGUUCCACCUCUUCCUGGACCACAUUGCCAGCCUCGACUACUUCACCAAGCCCGACUACCAGUUGAUCAUGUCGGUAUUUGAGAACAGCAUGAAGGAGCGCGGCAUUGCUGAGAACGAGGCCUUCGACUGGGAGAAGGCAGGCACUGACACCCUCCUGUCCACAAGCACCUCCACCCCACCACAGCAGAACACCCGGCAGACCGCAGCCAUGUUUGGAGUGGUCAACGUGACGCCUGUGCCUGGAGACCUGCUGCGGGAGAACACAGAGGAUGUGCUCCAGGGAGAGCACCUGAGUGACCAGGAGAAUGCACCCCCCAUCCUGCCCGGGAGGCCCUCUGAAGGGCUGGGCCCUGGCCCCCACCUUGCCCCCCACCCCGGAGGUCCUGAGGCUGAAGUCUGGGAGGAAACCGAUGUCAACCGCAACAAACUCCGGAUCAACAUCGGCAAAACCCCCUGUGUGGAGGAGGAGCAGAGCCGAGGCGUGGGGGUCCCCAGCUCCCCGGUGCGUGCACCCCCAGAUUCCCCGACGACCCCAGUGCGUUCUCUGCGCUACCGGAGGGUCAACAGCCCUGAGUCGGAGAGGCUGUCCACAGCCGAUGGGCGAGUAGAGCUGCACGAGAGGAGGUCGCGAAUGGAUCUGCCUGGCUCGCCCUCGCGCCAGGCCUGCUCCUCGCAGCCAGCUCAGAUGCUGUCAGUGGAUACGGGCCACGCCGACCGGCAGGCCAGCGGCCGCAUGGACGUCUCUGCCUCCGUGGAGCAGGAGGCCCUGAGCAACGCCUUCCGCUCAGUGCCGCUGGCUGAGGAGGAGGACUUUGACAGCAAGGAGUGGGUCAUCAUCGAUAAGGAGACAGAGCUCAAGGACUUCCCCCCAGGGGCUGAGCCCAGCACAUCAGGGACCACAGAUGAGGAGCCUGAGGAGCUGCGGCCUCUGCCCGAGGAGGGUGAAGAGCGGCGGCGGCCAGGGACAGAGCCUGCCGUACGCCCCCGGGGACGGGGCAUGCACACACUGGCCGAGGAGGACCUGCGGCAGAUGCCGCCUCAGUCCCCACUACCCCAGCUGAGCCAGGCUGAUGGCCGAUCAGAGAUGUCGCAGCCCCCAACGCCCGGCAGCCCUUCCCACUCACCCCUGCACUCGGGACCUCGCCCUCGGCGGAGAGAGUCAGACCCCACAGGCCCACAGAGACAGGUGUUCUCGGUGGCGCCCCCAUUCGAGGUGAACGGCCUCUCUCGAGCUGUGCCUCUGAGCCUGCCCUACCAGGACUUCAAGAGAGAUCUCUCUGAUUACCGGGAGUGCGCGCGGCUGCUGCACAGGGUCCGGAGGGUGGGCUUCUCGCACACGCUGCUCGCUGCUCCCCUGGGCCCACCGGCCGCUGUCCAGCCUCAGGCUAAUGGGAAUGAGGAAGAGGCGAAGGAGGAAGAAGAACAGGAGGAGGAGGAGGACGAGGAGGAAGAAGAGGAGGAAGAGGAGGAGGAAGAGGAGGACGAGGAAGAGGAGGGUGAUGAGGAGGAGGAGGAAGAGGAGGAGGAGGAGGAAGCAGCGGCCUUGGGGGAGGUGCUGGGAGUGCACAGCGGCUCCAGCAGUGAGGACAGUGACAGGAGCACCGACCGAAGCCAGGAGGGCGCCCCGUCCACGCUGCUGGCUGAUGAUCAGAAGGAGUCCAGGGGACGGGCCUCCAUGGCUGACGGUGACCUGGAGCCUGAGGAGGGCUCCAAAACGCUGGUGCUGGUCUCCCCUGGCGACAUGAAGAAGUCGCCUGUUACUGCCGAAUUGGCACCUGACCCUGACCUGGGCACCCUGGCUGCCCUCACACCUCAGCACGAGCGGCCCCAGCCUACUGGCAGCCAGCUGGAUGUGUCAGAGCCAGGCACGCUGUCCUCUGUCCUCAAGUCUGAGCCCAAGCCCACCGGGCCUGGGGUAGGGCCCGGGGUUGGGGCAGUGACCACAGGGGCUGGAGGUGUGGCAGUCACCUCCUCGCCCUUUACCAAAGUUGAGAGGACCUUUGUGCACAUUGCUGAGAAGUCUCACCUCAACAUCAUGUCUUCCGGAGGACAAGCCUCGAGGCCUGAGGAGCUGUGUCUAGAGGUGCCCUCAGAUGGGGGCACCACAGGAGAGGGGGCCCGGGGGUUCCUGGAGAAUGGCACAGCCCUACUGGGGCUGGAAGGGGCCAGGGUGGAGAGCUGUGCCCUGGCCAGGGUCCCUGGGGAUACCCCUUUGGAGGUGGCUACAGACUCACUGCCCAACGGCCCAGUCUUGGCCGAUGGGCCAGCCCCAGAGUCCCUGGAGCCAGGCCCUGACAAAGUAGUCACUGUCUCCCCAAGCUGCCACCCCAGGCCAGGUCCUCGGCCCCGGAGUCGCAUCCCUGUUCUGUUGUCAGAGGAGGACACAGGCUCAGAGCCCUCGGGCUCUCUAUCAGCCAAAGAGCGCUGGAGUAAGAGGGCCCGGCCGCAGCAGGACCUGGCUCGGCUGGUGAUGGAAAAGAGGCAGGGUCGCCUGCUCCUGCGGCUGGCCUCGGGUGCCUCGUCAUCCUCUAGCGAGGAGCAGCGUCGGGCCUCGGAGACGCUCUCAGGCACAGGCUCAGAGGAAGACACACCAGCCUCUGAGCCUGCCGCCACCGCCUUGCCAAGGAAGGCUGGGCAGGCAGCUGUCACCCGCAGCCGGAUUCCUCGCCCCAUCAGUACCCUCGUGCCCACGCCCACCACUACCCAGCAGCUUCCAGGCGGACCCCUUGGCACAGCCCCUGCACCUGACACCACCGUCACCAGCAGGCUCCAGCUGCAGAAGUCCCCUGGAUUGGCCACUGUUGCUGACCCCCGCCCCAGGCAGCCCCCCAGCCGCAGUGCUGGCCCAGGGAAAACUCCAACCACCAGGGCCCCUGCACCCCGCAGCCCUGGGCUCCCCGCCUCCACCGCACGCCACCCCAGCGUGUCCCCCCGGAGCCAGUCCCUGUCCCGCAAAGAAAGCUCAUCCCCCUCCCACCAGGCCCGGCCUGGGAUGCCCCCAACUCGGAGUGUCCUUCAGGUCCGAGCACAACCUGAGAGUGGUACCCCCUCUCCAGGAGGCCCCAAGAAAGGACCCAGAGGGAAACUCCAGACUCAGCGUGCAGCAACCAAAGGCCGGGCGGGGGUUUCGGAGGGCCAGGCAGGGACCAGAUAA